AUGGCGGAGUAUCAGAACAAAGCGGCAUGGCUGCCAGGCGUAGGGAAGCAGGUCGAAAUCGGUCCAGCCGAUAUCCCCGAACCGGGCCCAGAGGAACUUCUCAUCGAGGUCAAAGUAGUCGCUGCCCAGCCAGCAGAAUACAAGAUCCAAGAGGGAACACUUCCGUAUCAGCUGAAUUACCCCACUAUCAUUGGAAUAUCGUUUUCUGGCGUGGUCGUCAAAGUUGGCACAGAGGUCAGCGGCUUCAAGAAGGGCGACCGCAUCGUCACCAACAGCGCUGGAAGUAUCCGCAACGAUCCCCGAUUUGGAGCAUACCAGAAAUAUGCAGUCACCACGCAAUAA